ACACGUUCACUGAACAAUAACCUUGGUCAUUUUUUACAAGUACUCAUUUCAUCUCGAUAGCCAUGGCUUUGCCAAUGCUUGUUGGAGGUGCUGACUGUGGACCUUCUAAUCCACUCCAAAAUCUAUCCAAAAGGUUUGAUCAAGACCGAGGUAUCCAGCAGGAUCAUUUUGGUGCCAGACAGGCUGGAUCUUCUAGUCAAACAUUCCGGACACAUAACGCUCCCACCCAAGAUGUGUCGCAAGACGUUGCACGAUUCUUUGGAAAUGGUCAAGCUUCUGCCUCUCAGUUUUCCGCAGCCCGUCCUUUCGACUUAUCUCUCCUUCACGAAACACUCCCCUCCACUCACAGUCAACCUGCCGUACAAUCCCCGCAGCUAACCCAGAACCCAUUCUCUGGAUGGGCAACCGACUUCCUAAAUCAUCAAUCACAAGCACCCACAUCAGCCCAGAUAUCUGCAUCUCAGUCAGAUAUUCAAAAGGAGCUCAAUAGAAAUGCAUCCCCUUUACACACCGGGGUUCAAAAUGGAAUGCCUUGGAGUCCUGGAUAUGCGGGAUACAGGAGCCCGAUGAUGAACUUCAUGCCUGCGAUGCCGAUGCCGGUCCAGCAACCGGCUGCUCAAUCUGAUCAAAUCUCGUGGGACAAAGAAUUUCAAUCUCAAGAAUCUUUGUUCAAUCAAGUAGAUUCUGUCGGUGCGAUUGCACCGCAUACUGAAGUGUUCCAAGACCAAACGCCACAAAAGUCUCUGCCGACAGACGAUCUUGCACGCACAGCGGCUAUGUUGAUUGAAUCCGUGAAAGAGGAACAAAAUCCCAAGUUUCAACAGAGCCAGUUCAUGGGUUUCAUGAGACAGCUCCGGGAUGGAGAGGUUGUUGUAGAGGGUAAUGCUGUUGUAGAGAGGGAUGCUGCGCAGGCAAGCUCGGUAGGAGUUGAUGUCAAGGGUAAAGGCAGAGCUAUGGACCCAAUUUUGAAUCCAACGCAGACAACCGGGCUUCUCGGGCCUCGUCCAAACGAAAACAUUGCUGCAGAAGCUACAGGAGUUAGGCAGGAAGAUCCUAACGAGUCUUAUUUCCGUCAAGAAAAUGAAGAGUUUGCUCGCUAUUGGCAAGCACACCAUACCGGACCCUUACCAGUGUCAGGAUCAAUGAGCGAAACGCAGUCCUGGCAUGAAAUGCAGCAAAACUGGGAUUCGUUCGAGGCAACUGCGACAGGAAUCAAACCCGUUGCCAACUAUCAGUUUCAACCUCACAACCCCUAUGUUCUCGGAGAUUCGUCACGAACACACAAUCACGCUGUUCACCUCGGGCAGUCGCAGACGUUUUAUGAGAGCGUGUUGGAGUUGGAAGCAGCUGUACAACGUGACCCUACAAAUGCGAAUGCAUGGUUCGAGUUGGGCGUGAAACAACAGGAGAAUGAGCGGGAGGCGAUGGCUAUACAAGCUCUCCAACGUUCUUUAGAACUCGAACCCACCCAUCUGCCUUCGUGGCUAGCUCUUGCGGUAUCUUAUACCAAUGAUAGUAAUCGAAUGGGAACACAUAAUGCCAUCAAAGAAUGGGCGCUGCGGAAUGACAAAUACAGGGAUAUCGUUCAGCAAUACAUGGCACAAUCUCCUAAAGAUGGAAUCAUUUCCCCUACCGAGCUCUUCAGUCAUCUGAUACAAUGUCUUAUCGCGAUGGCCCGCAGUGCUGAUCAAAAUGGUGUAGAUGCUGAUGUGCAGAUAGCGCUAGCGGUGUUAUUGAAUACUACCGAAGAUUAUGCAAAGGCACAAGACUGUUUCCUCACUGCUCUGGCUGUGCGUCCCGAGGACUGGCUUCUAUACAACAGAGUUGGUGCGACAAUGGCAAAUAACGGCCAAGCUGAAGAAGCGCUUCAGUAUUAUUAUUCGGCGCUUGAGUUGAACCCAGCAUAUAUUCGUGCUAGAUUUAACCUCGGAAUUUCCUGCAUAAACCUUCGCAGAUACGACGAGGCUGCACAGCAUAUACUGGAUGCUCUCGUGCUGCAAGAUAGUGAUGGUGUCAUGGAAGAUACGGGAAUGAAUGAUGCACGAGGGGUGACUUCUUCAGCCUUGUGGGAUAGUUUGAAGACUACUUGCUUACACAUGCAGAGGGUUGACUUGGCUACAAUAUGUGACCGCCGGGAUCUUGAUGUCGGAUCUCAAGCUGACCAGAAGAGCACAGGUUUCCGUAACGCCUUUCACCAUUAA